AUGUCAACUUUGGCCGUUCCGCUAGAGUCUUCUCCACAACCGCAGGUCACACAACGCAAAUCGACGAAGAAGGGCGGCUACACGCGACAGCGUCGCGGUUGUUUGACCUGUCGCCAGCGCAAGAAGAAAUGCGACCAGGGUUUGCCCAUAUGCGGGCACUGCUCACGACUUAACCUUGUUUGCAAGCAUGAGAAGCCCCGGCAGCUGUCAAGUGCCUGGAGCGAGGAUGCUGUGGAGGAGGAUUCCGGGAUGUCCCAGGCACAGCCAUACUGGGCUUCUCAACGCUCUAUUCUUUCGCAGAGCGAUCAUAUCUCCGAAGUGUUGAGGCUGACUAAGAUCCAUGAGCCUCUGGAUCUUGUGCGUCUUGACAGCCCCGCUGGUUAUGAUUGGAGCUCCAGUCGAAGGUCCAUGAUGCGGUAUUACACUUCCACUCUCGCUAUUAUGCUAUCCGCAACCGCGGAAAACAAUUGUUUCUUAUCCGUCUUAUUGCCAAUGGCAUUCGAUUGCCCUGCCCUCCUUGAUGCAAUGGCUGCAUGGUCUUCGGCCCACCUUGCCCUUCGGGACCCCAAUUUUCACGAUGCGUCUCUGCAGUAUCGUGGGCGGGUGCUUGCCAAUCUUAGCGCUGCCCUUCAAGAAGGUAGUCUUAAUGGGGAAAUGUGUCUAGCUGUAGCUAUGGCCAUGUGCUCCAUGGAGACCAUAUCCGAUGCAACCAGCAGUAGUUGGGCACACCAUCUCGCAGGUGCUGCGGCGGCCUUGCAGUCCAAGGGUUCCGAUAUGCAAGUAGGCCCGCUACAAACGUCGCGGUCUGUUUUGAGCGACUACUGGCUAAAAUCGGUUGAAAGAAGGUGGCUCGUGAGGAACUUUGCCUAUCAUGACAUCCUGAUGAGUGUUUCCCUAGACAGGAGGCCACUGAUCACGGGCGACUAUUGGAUGUCUGCAGACGAUGCCAUGGCAGAUCCCUACUUUGCCUUUGCGUCUAGGAUUAUGAUAUUGAUAUCUGAAAUCAGUGUUUUGAACGCAGACUGCGCAGAAUACAAGGCGUCCAUUGGCGGUGACUUGACUUUAGAAGAAGCCGAUCUUCGAGAAUGGAAAUGUCCAGCGUCUUCCGCCAACACGCCGCUUGCCUUCCUUAGCGAAACAUAUCGAAGUGCAGGCCUCAUAUACCUCGAUCGUGUCGUACGCCAAUACUUCCCACAGCGUGCGGUUGAGAUAUUGCCAGAAGGCAUCUCGGUAUAUGUUGAGUCGGUAUGCGACGUUGCACAAAAAGUACCAGAGGGAUCUCUGGCUGAGUGCUCGUUGCUUUUCCCUCUUUUUAUUGCUGGUGGGGAGGCAAAGGAUGUAACGCAUAUCGAGUGUCUUAGGAACAGACUUUGCACCAUGAACAAAUGGAGGCAAUUUAGAAAUGUUAAUGCUUGUAGGGAGGUCUUGGAAGAUGUUUGGAAGAAGAGGGAUGAAUCCAGCGAGACAGAGAGGGUCGAUUGGAGGGAUAUCGUUCGACAACGAGGCUGGCAGCUCGCACUGUCGUAA